GGUUAUUGAUUGCUGUUUCCACAACUGUAUGAUUUACUGGGGGGCGGACGAGGAUUUAACCCACUGUAAAGUUUGCACAUUUCCUCGGUGGAAACCUGUAACGAAAAGCAAUUCGGCCAAAAGAAGGGCUAACGUUCCGUACAAAAAAAUGUUUUAUUUCCCUUUAACUCCGAGGCUGCAAAGAUUGUACGCUUCCAAAGCCACAGCUAAACAUAUGACAUGGCACGCUGAACAUGAAAUGGAAGACGAGAAGAUGUGUCAUCCUUCUGACUCUCCGGCUUGGAAACGGUUCAGUGAGUUGCAUACAGAUUUUGCUGACGAAACAAGAAAUAUCAGGCUAGGCUUAUGUACUGACGGGUUUCAACCAUUUGGUAGUUUUGGGAAAAAUUAUUCUUCCUGGCCAGUUAUUGUGACGCCGUAUAAUCUGCCUCCUGGCAUGUGCAUGAAGGAUGAGUUUAUGUUUCUAACAAUACUUGUCCCGGGACCCGGUAAUCCAAAAAACCAUAUGGAUAUUUUCCUGCAGCCAUUAAUAGCGGAGUUGAAUCAGUUGUGGGAAUCUGGAAUCCGGACAUAUGACAUUCAAAAACGGCAGAAUUUUCAAAUGAGGGCGGCGCUUAUGUGGACAAUUAAUGACUUUCCCGCUUAUUCAAUGUUGUCCGGUUGGAGCACAUCAGGAAGAUUGGCAUGUCCGCAUUGUAUGGAAAAUACUGAGGCUUUCACGUUGCCCGAGAGUGGAAAACAAUCGUGGUUUGAUUGCCACAGAAAGUUUUUACCUACAGGUCACCAUUUCCGUCGGAAUGUUACCGAAUUCCGAAAAGGCAAACAAGUUAGACAUCAAUUUGGAGGUGUGAGGACUGGAGAUGAAGUGUUAGCAGAGGUGGACGGUUUGGGGUUUAAGAGGGCCUAUGAGAAUGAUGCUAAGGCUACGAAUGAUGAACUAUCUAAAGGCCGUGGUUGGAACCGAAAAAGUAUAUUUUGGGAUUUACCGUAUUGGAGGACAAAUGUGAUCCGGCAUAAUCUCGAUGUCAUGCAUAUUGAGAAAAAUGUAUUUGACAACGUUUUCAAUACCGUGCUCAAUGUACCUGGUAAGACGAAAGAUACGGCAAAAUCUCGGGCAGAGUUGAAUAAAAUUUGUGAUCGUCCUGGCCUGGCACAAGAUGAGGAAACUGGUAGAUAUCCAAAGGCUUUGUAUGCUUUGGACAGAGAUUUAAAAAAGAUUUUGUUAGAAUGGAUUCAAAAGUUAAAGUUUCCAGAUGGUUACGUGUCCAACUUGUCUAGGUGCGUUGAUUUAAACAGUUUAAAGAUGAUGGGCAUGAAAAGUCAUGAUUGUCAUGUCUUCAUGCAACGACUUUUGCCAAUUGCUCUUCGGGAGCUUCUUCCGGCAGAAGUGUGGGAGCCUUUAACAGAGUUGAGUAUAUUCUUCAGAGAGUUAACCGCCACAUCGCUGAAAAAGGCAGAUCUUCAGAGAUUAGAGCUUGAUAUCCCGAAGAUACUGUGCAAGUUGGAACGUAUAUUUCCGCCGAGUUUUUUUGAUUCGAUGGAACAUCUCCCCGUACACCUUCCAUACGAAGCUAUGAUGGCAGGACCUGUUCAGUAUCGUUGGAUGUAUCCGUUUGAAAGAUACCUGAGAAAACUCAAAAAUAAGGUUUCGAAUAAAGGCAGAGUGGAAGGAAGCAUUAGCAGCGGAUAUCUACUGGAGGAAACAGCAAAAUUUGCAUCUUUUUAUUUCAAGGAUGGUGAUCCGAUGGUACCAUGUCGGAUGCAAAGAAAUGAAGUUUGCGAAAUGGACGUUGAUGAUGAUUUCGACAGAUUAAAUAUUUUCAAACCAAAAGGGCGACCUGUAGGUGCUUGUCGGAACAGAUAUCUGGAUGAUGCUGAAUAUGUUGCUGCCCGAAGCUACAUCCUUUUGAAUUGCCCUGAAAUCGAACCUUACAGAGAGUAAGUCUUAAUAUACAAAUUUAAGUUCAGUAUUGAAGAAUUUGAUACAAAUUGUAUUAAUUCGCUCGUAUUCUUGUAAAAAGAGUUUUUGAAGGCGAGUUGUAUGAAUUCAACCCCGAAAUUACACAGACCGAAGUUGUAGUCAAAUUGGAGAGGGAAUUCGCCUUUUGGUUCGAGCAAUAUGUGAAAGACCCAACUGUCAGUACCAAUCCCUAUAUUCUAAGUCUUGCAAAGGGACCGCUUAGAUCGGUCAAAACAUUCAAGGGGUACUGUGUGAACGGGUUUAAAUUCAAUACUGAAGAAUAUGGGGAGGAUCGGGUCACAAUGAAUAGCGGAGUCUGUGUAAAAGGAUCACUCUACGGCCCAGCUGAAAGCGACUUUUAUGGAGUGUUGACUGACAUUAUUGAGUUAGAGUAUCCAGCUCUACCAAUAAAGAGGACGGUUUUAUUUAAAUGUAAUUGGUUUGAUCCUACAAAAACGGUUGGUAUGUUAGUCCAUCCUCGGUAUAACAUAGUGGAUGUUAAUCACAGAAGGAGAUACAACAAAUAUGAACCUUUCAUUUUAGCUGAACAGUCCGACCAAGUACAUUACUUACC